AUGUCUUCUGGAAAGAGCUUCAAGCUGAGCAACGGCGUCACCAUCCCCGGCGUGGGCUUCGGUACCUUCGCCAACGAGGGCGCAAAGGGUGAGACCUAUAAGGCGGUCGUCAAGGCCCUCGAGGUUGGCUACCGACACUUGGACUGCGCCUGGUACUAUCUCAACGAGGGCGAGGUUGGCGAUGCUGUGGCCGACUUCCUCAAGGCGAACCCCUCCGUCAAGCGCGAGGACAUCUUCAUCACCACCAAGGUCUGGAACCACCUUCACCGUUACGAAGACGUCCUCUGGUCCAUCGAGGACUCCCUGAAGAAGCUCAAGCUCGACUAUGUUGAUUUAUACCUCGUCCACUGGCCCAUCGCCGCCGAGAAGGAUGGCCAGGAGAAGCCCAAGAUCGGUCCCGAUGGAAAGUACGUGACCCUCAAGGACCUCACCGAGAACCCCGAGCCCACCUGGCAGGCCAUGGAGAAGAUCUACGCAGACAAAAAGGCCCGCGCCAUCGGUGUCUCCAACUGGACCAUCGAAGGCCUCGACAAGCUGCUCAAGCACGCCAAGGUCGCCCCCCAUGUCAACCAGAUCGAGAUUCACCCCUUCCUCCCCAACGAGGAGCUCCUCCAGUACUGCUUCAAGCACGACAUCCUGCCCCAGGCCUACUCCCCGCUGGGCUCCCAGAACCAGGUCCCCACCACCGGCGAGCGCGUCAGCGAAAACGCGACCCUCAACGAGAUUGCCAAGAAGGGCGGAAACACGCUGGCCCAGGUCCUCAUUGCCUGGGGUCUGCGCCGCGGAUACGUUGUCCUCCCCAAGAGCUCGAACCCUUCGCGCAUCGAGUCCAACUUUAAGAGCAUCGAGCUCAGCGAUGCCGACUACGAGGCUGUCAACAAGGUCGCCGAGGGCCGCCACUUCCGCUUCGUCAACAUGAAGGAUACCUUUGGUUACGACGUGUGGCCCGAGGAGACCGCGAAGAACCUGUCUGCGUAG